AUGAAAGCGUCAUACUUCGGCUGCAUGGGAUAUUCGGAGCGGCAUUCGCUGCCUGGGGCCUGGCCGGUGGCGCCGGCGCACAUCGACCCGGAAGCCUCCGAGCGGUCCUACCGGGAGGGAUUGGCCGAAUGCGAGCUGGCUGAAUCGGUGGGUUUUGACUGGAUCAGCGUAUCGGAACAUCAUUACUCGGGCACCCGGCUCACCCCCAGUCCCGCCGUGAUGGCGGCCACCGUCGCCCAACGGUGUCGGGUGGCCAGGAUCGCCAUGCUGGGGCAGCUCUUACCCAUCAACAAUCCCGUUCGCGCCGCCGAAGAGAUCGGGAUGCUGGACAACUUGACCGGGGGACGGCUGGUAGUGGCGUUUAUGCGGGGCACUCCCAAUGAAGACGCCGUGCACGGUGUGGAUCGUGAGGAAGCGCGGUCGCGGUUGCUUGAAGGCAUAGAUAUCGUCCGCCACGCACUCACCGCCGCCGAACCAUUCGCCUGGCACGGGCAACAUUACGACUACGAGACCAUCGCAGUAUGGCCUCGUCCCAUUCAGGGGGUGUCGCUGCCCAUUUUCGUGGCCACCAGAAGCGAACCCACGGUUGCUCACGCCGCGUCCAACCGGCUGGGUGUAGCCGUUUCCUACGACCGCGCGGAGGAUAUGCAGCGGGUGACUGAGGCGUAUUUCCGCUGCUGUGAAGACGCCGGCUGGCAACCCACGGCCGAUAACAUUGCUUACCGGGGCGGCAUCUGUCUGGCCGAAACCGAUGCCCUGGCAGAAGAAAGACGCGCAUUGAUUUUGGAAGCUGCAGCGGGGGCAUCUCAGAAUGCUUCGGUUACCCCAGGCCGGGCAACCGCGUCCGAACUUCCAGAUGGGCCGCCCGAUGGGCGUGUGGGGUUAGCCAACCCUCCCCAGACCAACGUCAACCGGGGCAUCGGGUUCAUGUUGAACUUCGUGGGAAGCCCGACACGGUGGUGGAACAGCUGCGGGAAUAUCACUACCGUUGCAGUGUUGGGGUGGUGGAUCUGGCUUUCCAGCAGCCGGGACUACACCAUGAAACGGUGA